AUGGAGAUCACACAUAGCUCUUCUCUCAAGCCUUUUAACUUCACUCUUCUUCUUCUUUGGCUAUCACAUGUUCAGGCUGCUCAAUCUUUCACAAAUUUCAUAUUUGGAGACUCAUUGGUAGAUGUUGGAAACAACAACUAUAUAUUUACAUUGUCGAAAGCUGAUUCUUCUCCUUAUGGCAUCGACUUUGGACCUUCCAAUGGCCAACCCACCGGAAGAUUCACUAAUGGUCGAACCAUUUCUGAUAUCGUAGGUGAAGCCUUAGGAGCAAAAUCAGCACCACCUCCAUAUCUUGAACCAAACACUGAGGCUAACACAGUUUACAAUGGAAUCAACUAUGCUUCUGGUGCGGCUGGAAUCUUGGAUGAUACUGGACUUUUUUUCAUCGGAAGAGUUCCGUUGAGGGAACAAGUGAGUAAUUUUGAGAAGAGUAGAGAAGAUAUGGUAAGAAUGAUUGGUGAAAAUGGGACAAAAGAGAUGUUGAAGGAGGCAAUGUUCUCAAUCACAAUUGGGUCGGACUCCUUACCUCUUCCGGUUCCCAAAUUGGUCCAUUUGAUGUUCCUCCCUUGGAUUGAGACCGUUUCACUCAUGUUUGUCCUCAUAGUCAUGUGUAGAACCUAUUAA